AUGGCUCAGGCCGGAGUGGUCCUGGACCGGGACCAGUUCAACUGCUCCAUCUGCCUGGACGUGCUGCGGGACCCGGUGACCAUCCCGUGCGGACACAGCUACUGCUCGGUCUGCAUCCAGAACUACUGGGACCAGGACGACUUCCUCGGCGUGUUCGUGUGUCCGCAGUGCCGCCAGAGCUUCAGCCCGAGGCCGCUGCUGGCCCGGAACACCAUGCUGGCCGACGUGGUGGAGCGCUUCAAGAAGACGGGGCUCCAGGACGCGGCGGCGGCGGCCGGCCCGAGCUUCGCCGAGGCCGACGACGUGGAGUGCGACGUGUGCACCGGCCGGAAGAGCCGCGCGGUCCGGUCGUGCCUGGUGUGUCUGGCCUCCUACUGCGACCUCCACGUCCGGCCGCACUACGAGUCCGCCGCCUUCAAGAAGCACAAGCUGGUGGCGGCGUCCAAGCGGCUGCAGGACAACAUCUGCCCGCGGCACGACAAGCUGCUGGAGGUCUACUGCCGCACCGACGCCCGCUGCAUCUGCUACCUGUGUCUGGCGGACGAGCACAAGGGCCACGACACGGUGCUGGCCGAGGAGGAGAUCCAGCAGAAGCAGAAGCAGCUCGGCGACGUGAAGCAGAGCUCCCAGCUGAGGAUCCAGCAGCGAGAGAAGGAGGCGCAGGAGCUGAGACAAGCCAUCUUCUGUCUCGUGCGUUCAGCUCGGACAGCGGCUGAGGAGAGCGACCUCGUCUUCACUGAGCUCAUCCGGCUGAUAGAGCUGAAGCGCUUCGAGGUGAGAGAGCUGAUCAAAGCCCAGGAGAAGACGGCCAUCGGCGAGGCUGAGCAGCUGCUGGAGAAGAUCCAGAAGGAGAUCGCCGAGCUGAAGAAGAACGAGGCCGAACUGGACAAGCUGUCCCACACCGAGGACCCCGUGCAUUUCCUCCAGAGCUGCCAGUCUCUCCAAGCUCCCGCCGUGCUGUCGGCUUCCCCUCCGGUCAGCGCCGAGCCCGGCCUCACCUUCAGCCCGGUGGUGACGGCCGUGUCGGACUUCAAGGAGCUGCUGCAGGAGGUCUGUCAGGGAGGGUUCGUCAGCAUUUAUGAAAAAGUGAGAGACGUGGUGAUCGUGAGUCCUCAGAGUCCAGCGGUGCAGCUUCAGGCUCAGUCUGGAGACGCCGGGUCGGCCGGACCACCGGCCGGACCGCCGGACCCACCGACGUGUCAGUUUGUUCCAGUCAGCCCUCCACUGGGUCUGGACCAGAACCCUGUGAGCCCCCUCAACCCGUUCCUCACGCCAGGACCUGCUGUGCCCACGUUUGCCUUCUCGCCGUUCGGCUCCAAGCUCUCCUCAGGAUCCAGACAGAGGCACCUCCAGCGACGCGCUCACCCCAGGAGGAAGUAGGCCUCCGGCGGACGUCUAACUCCACACUUCAUCCCGGCUGAAUGAGCGGCGUGUGCUCACCAAUCCACGCCGUCGCUCAGGAGCCGGACCUUCAGAAUCAUCCAUCUGCUACGACUUGAACCUGGUGUUCCAGAAAACGCUAGCAAAGUGAAGACCACACUGACGACGCAUUUACUUUAAGUAUUAGGCAGCAACAAGCAGGACUCACUCAGUUCUGUGGUAUCAGCCUGUCAAGGUUUAGUUUGAGUUUUUAUGGACGUUUGCUUUUUUAAGUAUUUUUCAUUUUUAACCAAAACUCAGUCAACAAUCAUUUUGCUUUGAACACCAACUGUAAUCUGUGAAACGCUGACAUUAAAGAGCAGAAAGACUU